CGAAAUUAUUUCAAAUAUAACCGAAGCAGCAUGAGUUUUGAUCCGUAAUAACGACCGAAUGCUGAGCCUUUCCUUUACGAAUAUCUUCCAGGAAAGUUUUACACACUUCACAGACUGGGCACUUCACAGAAUGAGUUUGGCGGAGAUCAAUGAGAAUGUGAAGCUGGCCAGAGAAUACGCCCUGCUGGGGAACUACAGCUCGGCGGUGGUCUGUUAUCAGGGCGUCCUGGAGCAGAUCAGAAAAUACCUCCUCUACUCAGUCAAAGACUCCUCUCUACAGCAGAAAUGGCAGCAGGUUUGGCAAGAGAUAAAUGAGGAGACUAAGCAAGUUCAGGAGAUCAUGGCAACACUUGAGAGUUUCCAGUUGAGUCGCCCCAUCCAAACCAGCAGCUUCAGCCAGGAGAAUGACAUUAUGCCUGUUCAUGUGGAGCACAGGCCGUCUCCGUGUGUGGGACGGAAAUCCUCUGGUCCUCAUAAAGAAAGCAAAGGACAUGGGAACCGAUUGAGCGUUGGCCCCGCAGACCAACCACGACCCUCACAGCGUGUUGCCAGCGGUGACAAGAGAGAAAACCUCAAAAGGGCAAAAAAAAAAGAAAACCCAUCAAGCCCAAAGAUGAUAAGCGGAGGAGUGGAGACCGAGGUCAAGAGGUUUGACAGAGGAGGAGAGGACAAAGAUCUGAUUGAAACUCUGGAGAGAGACAUCAUCUCUCAAAACCCCAAUGUCACAUGGGAUGACAUUGCUGACCUUGAGGAGGCCAAGAAGCUUUUGAAGGAAGCCGUGGUUUUGCCCAUGUGGAUGCCUGAGUUCUUUAAAGGAAUAAGGCGCCCGUGGAAGGGAGUUUUGAUGGUGGGUCCACCAGGCACAGGAAAGACAUUGCUUGCCAAAGCUGUUGCCACAGUGCCGAACCACCUUUUUAACGUGUCUUCCUCCACUCUCACCUCCAAAUACAGAGGAGAGUCUGAAAAACUUGUGCGACUGCUGUUUGAGAUGGUAAAAUUUUAUGCCCCCACCACCAUCUUCAUUGAUGAGAUAGACUCCAUAUGUAGCCGUAGAGGAAACUCAGAGGAACAUGAAGCCAGCAGGCGUGUUAAAGCUGAACUACUCGUCCAGAUGGAUGGUGUCGGUGGGACGUCUGAAAAUGACCCUUCGAAAAUGGUCAUGGUUCUGGCAGCCACCAACUUUCCAUGGGACAUCGAUGAAGCUCUGAGACGCAGGCUAGAGAAGAGAAUAUACAUCCCGUUGCCCUCAGCUAAAGGAAGAGUGGAGCUACUCAAGAUCAACCUGAAGGAGCUGGAGCUGGCCAAUGAUGUCAACAUGGACAAGAUCGCUGAGCAGAUGGAGGGAUACUCUGGUGCUGACAUCACCAAUGUUUGCAGGUGCAGCAUUUUGUGUGCACGUUGGAAUAUUUAA